CGCGCCGCCCACAUGCUUUGAAUGUGGACAAGUAGGUCAUUAUCGAAAUCAAUGCUGGAAACUAUCUUGCGAAGGCAGCUCAAGACCUGGUGAAGGCAGGGGAUGGCAAAGGAGCAGAUCACGCGAAACCUCACAUGAAUGUAUGAGGCUGAUAAAACAAGUUGAAGAACUGGGAGUGUCACUUGCAUCCAUGCAUGGGCAUAUCGAGCAGGAGAAGCAGAAGACGCUCGAAAAAGAAAAAAGUAAGCAAGAGAAGAUUGACAAACAACAUCGCGCUGCAGCGGAGAAAGUCGCGCACGAGAAGAAGUUGGCGAGGAAGAAUGCGAAGUUGAAAGAGGCAGAAGAACUGAAGAUGCAAAUGCAAAAGGAAAUGAGGAUGGAAGCAACACUUGUUGCUAGUGAGUUGCAUGAACAGAUAUUGGGAGGUUUUUGUGAACAAUUGACGGACGACAUGAUAUGGACACUAGCGGCAGCAACGAUUUAUCGUAAGGGGAAGAAGAAAACAACCUCGCCUCCUCCAUCGAAUGCGUCGUCCACAAGCAGUGACGAUACGAGUGACAUGGAGCGGACUUACCAACGCACUCAAACACUAACGAAAACAGAGAAGCGUAAACGAAGUGCGGAUAAAGCGGUGGGGAACAGUCCAUCGAUGACGCAACCAAGAAAAAUGACACCUGGGACUACGGAUGUGCAGCCAGUGCGACUAACUACUAAGUUACAGUGUACUACGCGCAAGACGAAGGAAAAUAAGACUCCUCCGCGUUUCACCCCACGAUGGGGGACUCCACGUACGAAGGUCGCGGCCACGACUGGAUCGGUAGGAAGAGCACACUUCAUCUGUGAAAACAUAUGUGCUCUUGCGGAUUUGGGAGCAGACGAGCUCAAGGACAUUUGUAGGAAGAAGGACGUGGAGUAUGAGAAGAAAACUAUUGCAGCUAUGGACAUCGCUAAGAAGCAAGCAGUCGUACCAUACGAAAGCGAAGAGGACGAGACCAUGGGAAGUGAUAACAAGAAUGAGGGUACUAAGCAAGAAGGUGUCGAGGAGUCCGAAGACGAAGGGGUGGAAGCAUGAAUCUUCGAAGAUACUAGCCGCUUGUGGAUCUUAUACACUUGGUUGCUCGACUACCGGCGAGCGUCGAACUUUGAGGC